AUGAAUGAAAUCAAGACCUUAUUCCCAUCUCCUCGGACGAUUUAUCAUAGAAUAACAAAGAAAUACUCCACUUGUGACAUUCCCUACCUUCCAACUGUCAAAGAGUCCUCACAAACAUCUCAAAAUCCCAGUACGAAGAUGACCACCGCUGCACCCAAAGUGAAUAGCAGCCUCGGAGAGACAGGCCAGGAUGCAGCUACUCAACUCUUCGAACUCCUACAUUCCAAAAAUCCACAAAUGACACUAAAGUGGAACCCCGAGUCCCAAAGGUUUACACUGACUGGCUUUUCACACUUGAAGGAGAGUGAAAUCAAGAGAAUUAUCGAUCAGAAAUCGUAUCUUGGGUAUGAACCAAAGCUUGCUGGACGGACAAGCGGUGGCGAUGUCAUCAUUCGAUUUGACCCAAUCAAGAGGAACGAUCCAUCCAUUCUUUGGAAGGAAAAUGAAUACUAG